AGAUGUUCCUGUGCUGUUGGCUGGUUCUGGGGGCUCUCAUCCCCGCAACCUUAAGCAUCAAUCCUGGAGUAAAAGUCAGGUUGACAGAAAAAGGCAUUGAAUAUGGCAGGCAACUGGGCAUGGCUGCCAUGCAGCAGAAACUCAAUUCUAUCCAAGUUCCAGACUUUUCAGGGAAAAAGAGGGUGUCUCCGAUUGGAAAAGUCCGGUACAAUUUGUCAAAUAUACGUGUAUUGAAGGUGGGAAUACCAAAGUCUUCAGUGGAUCUGGUGCCAGGGACUGGAGUCAGAAUGUCUAUAGGUGACGCCUUCAUCAGUCUGAAUGGAAGGUGGAAGGUCAAGUACCUGCGAGUAAUAAAGCACAGCGGGUCUUUUGAUUUGAAUGUGAAUGGUCUCAGUAUCGCUACAACCAUCUCCAUCAAGACUGAUGAGACAGGCCGACCAGCGGUCAGUAGUGACAGCUGCUCAGCUGCUGUUGGAAGUGCAAAGGUCAAGUUUCAUGGUGGAGGGAGCUGGCUGUACAAUCUCUUCACAAGGUUUAUUGAUAAGGCUCUGCGCAAUGCAAUGCAGAAACAGAUCUGCCCUCGGGCCACCACUGUAGUAUCUGAUUUAAACCCUCAGCUGAAAACUCUCAAUGUCUUAGCCAAGGUGGACAAGUAUGCAGAGAUUGAAUAUUCCAUGGUAUCGUCACCGACUGUUUUAAAGUCCUCGAUAGAUCUGAGCUUGAAGGGGGAAUUUUACAACAUCGGGAAGCAUCAGGAGCCUCCGUUCUCACCAGCGGCCUUUAACCUGCCACCCCAGAACAACAACAUGUUGUACAUCGGCAUGUCUGCCUUUACUGUCAACUCUGCAGCCUUCGUCUACAACAAUGCUGGAGUCCUCAGCCUGUCCAUCACUGACGACAUGAUACCAAAAAGCUCUCCAUUCCGACUCAACACCAAAACGUUUGGAGUCAUUAUCCCAGAGAUUGCUAAGCAGUUCCCAGGUCUGAUGAUGAAGCUGCUGGUGAAGAUGGAGAAAACCCCCACACUGACCUUUGAGCCCAACAACGCAACAGUCCAGGCCACCACCACAAUGACGGCCUUUGCCAUCCAGCCCAACUCUACUCUGUCCCCUCUUUUUGUCCUGAACUUGGAGGCCAGCGUGAGUGCCCGUAUGUUUGUCAGUGAAAUGAAAUUGGCUGCAGCUGUCACCCUCAACAAAAUGGAUCUGACCCUGGCCAAAAGUAAUGUGGGAGACUUUCAGGUCAGCGCUCUCAAUAGCAUCUUACAAGUCGUCUUCAAAUUGGUGGUGAUUCCCACGGUUAAUGUCCAACUUGCUAAGGGAUACCCACUGCCCACAAUUGGAAAGAUGAAGCUUAUGAACACCCAGCUUGAUGUGCUGAAGGACUACAUCCUGAUUGGGACAGAUGUUCAGUUCAGCUGAACUGCACUCCUGAAAACUCCCAGGAUUCUUUUCUGCAUUCUGGCAUCUUUCCAUGAAGACACAAUUACAGUCAGAGUACGAUAAUCUGGCAGAAAUUCCCAAGAAAAAGCUAAAUAAGUAUUACUUCUGACAGCAAUCAGAAUAUUGUGUUUUCCAUGUAUUGGUUCUCCUCUGAAGUUAACCAUUUCUAUAUUUAGUGCGUAUGGACUUUUUUAAUAUGAGUGAAAUGAGUUGCCAAAGACAUCAUCAGCACACUCAUCAGCAAAGUGUCUUCUGAGCCCCAGUCUAUAGACCACUUUAGGACUGCUAGUCUUUUUGCAACUGCAUGCAUCACUCUGUGGUUGGUAGAGAUUAAAAGAAUAUAAAUAUAAACUACUUCCACAUGGUUUUAUGGGUGAAGCUACAUGACAUUAAUGUUAGCAACCAGGAUACAGUUGCCCAGCUAGCUGUAACCAAGCUAGCUGCACAAAUAUGACGAUUCAUUUGUAACAAUAAGUAUUUUGGCAAAAGAAAGCUAAGCUACUACUUCAGCCCUGCAGUCUGAGUUAACCUUUUUCUCUCAAGACUACAUUUUGACAUAUAAGUCAGCUUGGAAUUUACCUUAGUUGGGAUUAGAAUUGGACUGUAGAAUUUACCUUAGGAUGUCGUCCAGCUAAUCUUAGCUAACACUUGCUUCCCUGUUUGCUUUUUGUAAGUUACCUUACAGCAUGUUCAGACAUUGGCAAUUUAGAGUGCUUAAUA